AUGUCCAACCCUUCCUCUCACCCCCUUCCCCUGCGGGACUCCCGUGGUCGCUUUGUUCGACAGGAUGCCCCAGACGUUCUCCCCUCGAGCUGUGUCUCGAGUGUUUCCCGUGGCAGCGUGGGUCGCUCCCCGCCGCGCGGUGUAUCCCCGGACCUGUUAUACAGCCGGGUGGUUUCCCCUCGAAGCGCAGAGUCGCUGGAGGGAGAGUCCGUUCCGUUGCUUGACAGCCAGAGCGUGGACUUUGAGGAUGAGAUUCAAGACCUCCUCUCGUUUGUCGAUCCCGUUGAGGAUCCGAGCUUCACGAGGGUCACCAAAAGGACUGCUCGUUCGCAUCGCGAACAACGAAGUUCGCAGGAGAGCGUGAAUACUAGUACCUUCGCUACUCCGCCAGUUGUAUCUGCCAUUGAGAAUAUGAGCCCAGAGCGGCUGCUUGAAAUAUCUGCGCGAUUUGGGCGCCUUGCUCGUGCGGGCUUUCGGGCUCGUGCGGGAGACCACUCGGAUUUGCGUUCAGCCGAAGUGGAGUCGGUUCUCCACAAGCAUGAGGAUGUGGAGCUGGGGAGUGAUAACAAAUCUCCCCUGACUGCCCCAGCCACGGAAUCAACUCCAACGCCUGGACUGGCAGCUCCAGCGCAGCCUCCGACUUCUCUGGCACCGCCUGCCAGGGCGCCAGAGGCCCCAACGUUGCAACCAGCGAUGACGCCGCCUUCGCCGGGACCGUCGAAAAUGAAGGGAAAGGGAUUUGAUCCCCGGAACUUCGGUGGAAUCGACUGGUCUGUAGAUAUGUCAGAAACUGAGCUCGACGCGCAGCGCAUGGCUUACCAGAACCUUAAUCACAAUCUCCGACCUCUCAAGGAGGAGUCGAAGUCUAAGGCAUUUAGCAACUUACAUCUGUUAGACACAGAUAUUGCUAACAAGAAUAAUGUCGGGGAUGCUCCCCUUCUGCUGGAGGAGCCUGCCGAGCGUAUUGAUCCUCAGAAAAAUGAGGGAAAAGUUCAUUUUAGCCUCGAAGAACAGAUUGCGAACUUACAACAGCAUAUUCAACGACUUGAGGACCAGCAGAGACAUACGGACGAAAAGUCCAGACAGCGUGCCUCAAGUAAAUCUGCGACCCCGGCGAAGAGCGCCGAACUGUCGCGUGGCAAAUCUGAGCGCCCCGUGGAUACAGCCAAGGAGCCGAGUCCAAGGAAACGUUCAGAGAAACCAAGCUCCACUCGGCUGCCCGGAGGUAGCUUCUUGGACGAUCUGGUUCGCCGAUCCAAAGAAGUUGGCCGCUCGUCCGCUCCACCGAGUGACUCGAGUGAUUCAUCCUCGAGUGACCCCUCAUCUGAUUCGUCCUCGGACUCUGAUCCUAGCAACCACUCGUCAGAAUCUGACAGUGAAGGAUCGUUGGCUGACAGUGAAGAAUCUGAUGAAGAGUCAGCGAUAAACCACUCUCGGAAGUCCAAGAAGAAAACUCACCGGAAGAAAUCAAGGAUGCUCUUGCGGCCCCAUCCUCCCAAGAAGUAUGACGGAUCAGCAAACUCCGAUAAGUAUAUCGAGUUUGUAGAUCAGAGCACCCAGUACUUGAAAUUGGGUCGCGUCGAUCCUGAGGAUCAAGUGGCUAUGCUUAACGACCAAGAAAAGGUCGUCAAACUCUGGGUCAGUCUUCGAGAAGACAUCCAGACAGAGUUGUGGCGGAAAGGACGUGACCCCGAAGCCACGAAAUGGAAAAUUGUGGUGAAAUCAGCUGAAAGAGCUGAGCGAUUCCUGUCUCUGAAGCCAAAACGGCACCCACAGUCACAGAACUCUGCUGGGCAGAAGCAAACGGCUCCUGACAAUUCCGGAGACAGGCCCCGCAAGCCGUAUCGCCGAUUCCGCAAAUCCAAAAAAUCGGGCCAAACUGAGGUGCUUCAGACGUCCGCUGCGGGAUUCUCAGAGGUCUACGAGACCCUACAAGUCGGAUCAGUAGGGAUCGACUUCGGACUAGAAGAGGGUGAAAAUACCCAUGAGACUUUUGAUUCCAAAGACGAUCCCAUUGGGGACCUGCCAGCGCGGUGGGCUGAGAUCGUGCUCGAGCAUCUCGGACAGGACCCAUCCUGGGAUGGUAAGCGGUUCCUGGUGUACGGAAUCAGCGACACGCACCAUGUAGUGGUUGACGCCAUGCUCAACACAAGCUUUGAAAUCUGUAGCGAGCAGUUGCGGGAUCCUCACUUUCAAAUUGGCAUGUGGAUUGCCCAGCGAAUACAGACUCACCUGGAGCUCGAUCCGGACGAUGUGCCCCGCGAGGAGCCGUAUGUUGAUGAGCUGGGCGACCCGUAUCAAGCUAUGGCCGCAAUUACCCUCGGAAACGAUGAUUUUGAGGUCGGGAAUGUAUCAAACAUGUCAUACCGUGUCCAAAAGUCAGACGGACAACAGUCCACCUUGGCGAAGUCCAGUCUUGAAGACCAAUCAUUUAGCUUGAAGGCGUGGGCCAGAGAGGCGUUCAUCAGCCCGGAGCAGCCAAGCGAUUCAGGAGCUCUGGAGCUCAGAGAAGUGAGCAAUGGUCCAAAGAACGCACAAUAUGACUCCGAACCUGAUCUCGAGGAUAUCCCUGCACUUCAGAGUGUCAGCGACUCUUCGGAUGAGGAGGCGACAGACUCCGAUUGCGGUUCCGAGUGCUCUUUCGACUUCUUUCCGACGAGCGAGGAAGAACGUCUUGACGAAGACGUCCAUGGACCAAAUCCGGGUCUGGCCGAUGGGCCGAUCAACCGUGAUGAGCGUGAGGGAACUGAUCGAUAUGAUCAGACCUCCGGGCAAUAUCGUCCUAUGGGAGACUUGCUUGCGGAGGGCGCAAGAGCGUUCCUGGAGACGUUCCAGCCAUAUCCUGGCGAUGACCUCAUGGCCGUAGACAAUCCCUGUCAGACACGCGAUCGAUUCAAAGUACUUCGAAUUUCAAGAUCUGAAUAUCUCAUCUGGGAUGAGCUCUCACACGAGAUGACGGCAAUCCCAGAGAAAUUAUUGCGCAACCCAAAAUUUGAGCUCGCAGGCUGGUCAGCGAAGACCACGGGCUGA